AUGCCGUCAUUUCUCUCCCGCCAGACACGCUACGGCGUCAGCUACAACAAGCUUUAUUCAAUAUGUGCCCUAAUAUACCUUAACUCGACCAUGGCAGGUCUUGAUGCCUCGCUCAUCGGGAACCUUAACACACUCCCCUCCUUCCAAUCUUUCUUCGGCACCGGUACAUCGAAGGCCACGACGGGGAUGAUAUUCGCAUCAAUGCAGGUGGGUGGCAUAUUAGGAGCCUUCACACUCAGACUUGCAGACAGCAGGGGCCGGCUCUUUUGCAUCCAGAUUGGUUCGAUCGGAGUUAUUUGUGGUGCUCUUAUCCAGGCAUUCUCGCGCUCAAUGUGGAUGUUCAUGGUCGGGAGAUUUACUCUCGGAUUCUUCUCGACCCUCGCUUGUCGCUCUUCGUCAAUAUAUCUUAUAGAGAUAUCGCCAGCUGAGCGCCGUGGGACUAUUGCUGGACUCUAUAACACCUUAUUCUUCCUUGGUUCUAUCCUAGCUACUCUAGCCGUACUCAUAUCCCAAUCUAUAUAUCACGGACAUGCGGCAUGGAGGGUUCCAGUAGCGCUGCAAUGCGUGUUCCCCGCCAUUGUAGCAUCGGGCGUUCGUUAUAUCCCGGAAUCUCCAAGAUGGCUGGUCGCAAACUCUCGAUCUUCGGAGGCACGUGAUGUCAUGACAAGCCUCCAUUCGAACGGUGUACUCACCAACAAAGUCUCGGAGGAGUUCGCCCGUAUGGAAAUAGACGUCAAGCAAAGAGAUGGUAUGCCCACUGGUUGGAGCGUGCUAUAUUCCUCAAAAUCGAGAAAGCGAAGACUUUUUAUCCUCCUUUGUAUGAGUCUAUUCGGGCAAAUGUCCGGAAAUAAUAUCAUCUCAUACUAUCUACCCGCUAUGCUACAUGACGUAGGCAUCAAAGAAAUGAGCACGAAGCUCUAUCUUAAUGGCCUUUAUGCGAUCAUAGGAUGGACAGCUGCUGCGGUGGGCGCAAGAUUACACGACUAUUAUGGCAGGCGCAAGAUGCUCUACAAUUGCACUUCGGGCCUUGCCACGUGCAUGGGCCUUCUCGCUUUAUCGAUGGGGAUGUACUAUCGUACCGGAGAAUUUCUAUAUUCGACCUUCUCCCUUCUAACGAUUUAUACAUUCGGUGUUAUUUUCGCUACCGGUUAUACUAGCAUGCAGCCCGUUUAUCCCGCCGAAGUAAUGACCAAUGAUAUGAGGGCUCGUGGAAUGGCUGUCGCAACCAUGUGUGGUGGGUCAGCGGGAUGUCUCAACACGCUGCUUGCUCCCGCGGCUAUGGCAAGACUCGGCCCCAUGUUUUUUUUUCUCUUCUGUGUUUGGGAUUUCAUAGAAGCAGUGGUCAUCAAUGCAUAUUUUGUUGAAACGAAAGGUCGCACGCUAGAGGAAUUGGAGGAAGUUUUCAACAGCGACGAUCCGGUUGGCCUGAGUAUAGAGAAGAGUUCCAAAGAAAGAAUGUUUUAG